AUAUUUUAAUAUUACAUAGUUAUUAAAUAAGUUAUUAUUAUUAAUUAAACUCGAAAUAUUUGUUAGUUAUUAUGUUAAAUUUGUAUAAAAAAUGUGCUGGAAAGCCAUCAAUACGUAUAAUACAGUGCACAAUAAAAAAUCUAAGUGAUGAAGCGAAUGGUCGUGAGUCCACGGUACAAAAGCGCAUACGUGAGGAAUUGGCUCGAGAUAAACUGGCUUUGAAGUGGCGCAAAUCGAAUGAAGAGGCUGGAGAUAUUGAUACAAAGUUAAAGUACUUUGGAAAUCAAGAGCAAACUUCCGAUUACAUUAUAAUGAUGCAAAAGCCCAUCAGUCUUAGUCCCAAAGAGUGGAUGGAUAUGUGGGAGAAGAAGAAGGUAAAGAAAGAACGUCAUAUGCAGCAGUUUAUACCGGAGAGACAUCAAAUAUUGGGAUCCGAUUUGGCCACAGCUCAUUUCAUUUUACAUCGUGGCGGUGCGGUUAAAUUUGUCAAUAGCCAAAAUUGGAUGAGGGCAGAUGAAAAUGGCGAAUUUAAUUUACCUAGCACCUAUCAUGCUCAAUUCAAAGUGGAAGCUUUGAAAUGUGACAACAUGAAUUUGUAUUACGAGGGCUUGGAAAACAUACGUUGGUUGCAAGAACUAAAGUUUCUAUCAUUUCGUAAUAUCAAAUCCUUCGAUGAUUGGUGUCUGGACAGAAUUUCGGGUUCGCAAUGCCAUAAAUUGGAAAUCUUGGAUAUAUCGGGAACUGAGUGCACUGCUCGUGGUUUAUCCUGUCUUUAUCGCAUGAAUAACUUAAAGCUGCUGAUAGUUGAUGAUCCCAAACUGUCAUUGGAAUAUGAAUUGACUUGUUCAAUGUUGGAAGAGGCUUUACCCAAUUUAAAAAUUGUAAAUGUCGGCUCUAUACAUGAGUAGUAUUUCGGCAGCUAUUAUAAUAAUGUUUAAGUUUCUGUACAAAAAAUAUUUAUUUACAAUAAAUCUAAAUGAAUAUCAUA